GCCAUGCACACGGCCGCCUCCCGCUUCUGGACUCUUCUGCUUAUUGCUGCUGCUGACCACCGCCGCCAUGUCCAGGGCUUAGCCCGCACACUCUCUCUCUCUGUGUGUGUGUGUGCAUGUGUGUGUGUGAGUGUGUGUGAGUGCAGGGUUAGGGAAGACGCGAGUCCACCAUGACGGAACGCUGCAGUCUGUGGAGCGCCUUGUCGGCUGCAGCCUGCUGCUUCUACCGGGGAUCCUUCAUGCAGGUGCAGUUCUCCAAGGAGAAGUACCUGCUGGAGUCUCCUCCUGAGAAGCUGCGCAAGGAGCUGGAAGAGGAGCUGAAGCUCAGCCCUACCGACAUCAGGAGCCACGGCUGGUACCAUGGACACAUACCCAGGGAGGUGUCAGAGACUCUGGUCGUGCGCCACGGAGACUUCCUGGUGCGAGACUCUCUGGUCAACGUGAGCGACUACGUGCUGACCUGUCGCUGGGACCACGAGGCGCUGCACCUGAAGAUCAGCAAAGUCCUGCUGAAGUCCAGCGACACCAAGGUCCAGUAUGUGCUGGAGGGGGAGGGCUUCGACUCGGUCCAGGACCUGGUCCGUUUUUACGUGAGUCAGCGUAAAGCCGUGUCCCAGUCCAGCGGCGUCCACAUCUACUGUCCAGUCAGCAGGACUGUCCCACUGCGCUACCUGGAGGCCACCUUCGCCCUCGCCAGCGCCAAGCAAGGCUCCGCCUACUCGCCCUCCGGCCACAGGGGGGCGUACAUCAAGAGGCGCAGCGUCACCAUGACCGACGGCCUCACCGCAGACAAGAUGCUACCUCACAGUGACUCUGACAGUCCAGUUGGGACACCACCAGGACCACAGCCGGACCCGGUGCCCACCUGCAGUCCUUCCACGGUGCACCAUCACAAAGACGCAAUGAGGAACUGCGCCAUGAGCAUGGACCACAUCCAGGAGUACCGCCGCCCCCUGUCGCCGGUGGGAGAGACCCCGCUGUCGCCGGCGUACUGCGCAAUCAUGAGACAGCGGGCCCACUCGGGGGGGCGUGUCCUGGCCGUGGUGCCGCCCUCCCCCGUCACGCGGCGUUCCAGCGACCCUCAGCUCAGCCCGUCUUCCGCCGGCCACCCCCCCGACCAUCCCGCCUUCCACUCCGCCCACUCCUCGCCCGCGCAUCGUCACGCUCUCCAAGCGCGGCCCUCGGGCAGCUACGGCGACCUCGGACCCUGUGCGGGCGGCCCCCCCAAGCCUCCCACCAAGACCUACGUGGAGCGACUGCGGGCGGAGGAGGGGAGGAGCGAGGGCAGCAGGCAGGAAGGAGACGCCAUGUGCAGCACUCCGCUGGUGGAGACCGCCUCCUUCUUCAGGCCAGCCAGGUACGAGUGUUGCAUCCUGCCUGCUGACAACAAACCUCUGGAGAUGUCCGUGCUGAAGAAGGUGAAGGAGCUGCUGGCUGAGGUGGACGCCAGCACUGCUGCUAAACACAUCACCUUGGUGGACUGCACGGUGGGCAGAAUAGUGGGCGUGUCCUCAGAGAUGCAAAGGAUGAUGGGAGUUUCCUCGGGCUUGGAGUUACUGACCCUACCUCACGGACACCAGCUGAGACUGGACCUGCUGGAGAGGUUCUACACCAUGUCCAUGACGAUGGCGGUGGAGCUGCUGGGCUGCACGGGCAGCACGGAGGAGAGGGCGGCGCUGCUCCACAAGACCAUCCAGGUGGCGGCGGAGCUGAAGAGCAACCUGGGAAACAUGUUUGGCUUCGCCGCCGUCAUGAGAGCCUUGGAUCUGCCGCAGAUUUCCCGCCUGGAGCAGACGUGGGUCACGCUGCGGCAGAGACACACAGAGGCCGCCAUUUUGUACCAGAAGAAACUCAAACCUUUCCUCAAGAACCUGAAUGACGGCAAAGAGUCCAGCGUCCUGGCCACCACCACCUUCCCGCACGUCAUACCCGUCCUGGCGCUGCUAGAGCGAGGCCUGGCCCCGGGCGAGGUGCCGGAGCCCUGGGAGAGCGGCGAGGUGGGCGUGGACGUGGUCAUGCAUCACCUGGAGGCCGCACGCAGCGUGGCGCACCACAGGGGGGUGUACCGGAGCAACGCCCACAGCAAACUGCAGGACUUGCAGGUGCAGGAGGAGAUAGCGUCCAUCUUCCAGACUGAGUUCCAGAUGCGUGUGCUGUGGGGCAGUGGAGGGUCAGAGGUCAGCCAGCAGGAACGUUACCACAAGUUCCAGCAGGUUCUCACCGCUCUCUCACACAAGCUGGAACCUCCGCCGCGACACAGCCAGCUAUAGCCACCCUCACGCGUGCACCACCAAGGACAACGGUCAAGGAGGACGGCGGUCAAGGAAGACGGCGGUCAAGGAGGACAGAAGUCAAGGAGGACAGCGGUCAAGGAGGACAGAAGUCAAGGAGGACAGUGGUCAAGGAGGAUGGCGGUCAAGGAGGACAGAAGUCAAGGAGGACAGAAGUCAAGGAGGACGGCGGUCAAGGAGGACGGCGGUCAAGGAGGACG